UUCGCCGUCGAUUUCCGUCUGAGGUCUAAGUGCAGCGUCGAGACAAACUGGCAAGAUUCAUCAGCACCACCUCCAACAACAAAACUGUACAAUGAACCUGCUAGUUUUAUCUCCCUCUCUCGAUAUCCGCUUCUUCGCGGUUGUACUGCUGGUGAUGGGCCUUUUUACUCCUGUACAAGCAGAAAUCACCAGUCUGGACUCAGGCAACAUAGAUGACGUCCUAAAUAAUGCUGGGGUGGCAAUAGUCAAUUUUUAUGCAGACUGGUGCAGGUUCAGUCAGAUGCUUCAUCCAAUCUUUGAGGAGUCAUCUAACAUAGUGAGGGAGGAGUUCCCUGAAACCAAGCAGGUGGUCUUUGCCCGUGUCGACUGUGACCAACACUCGGACAUAGCCCAGCGGUACCGCAUCAGCAAGUAUCCAACGUUGAAGUUGUUCCGCAAUGGGAUGAUGAUGAAGAGGGAGUACAGGGGUCAGAGGUCGGUGGCGGCCAUUGCUGACUUCAUCCGCCAGCAGCAGGUCGACCCAGUGAAAGAGAUUAACUCAAUGGAGGAGAUUAAAACUCUUGAUAGGAGCAAGAGAAAUGUCAUUGCUUACUUCGAAAAAAGGGACUCUGAAAACUACCACGCCUUUUCAAAAGUUGCCAACAUACUCCGUGAUGACUGCACGUUCUUGGCUGCCUUUGGAGCCGUAUCUGAGGCCGAACGCUUCAGUGGAGACAAUGUCAUCUACAAGCCUAUGGGGGAAAGCGCCCCGGACAUGGUCUACCUCGGCUCCCUUAGCAAUUUUGAUCUGACCUACGCCUGGACCCAGGACAAGUGUGUCCCUCUGGUCAGGGAGAUCACCUUUGAAAAUGGAGAGGAGCUGACGGAAGAAGGAAUCCCUUUCCUCAUUUUAUUCCACGUUAAAGAAGACACCGAGAGUUUGGAGAAGUUCCAGCAUGAAGUAGCUCGCCAGCUCAUCAGCGAGAAAGGAUCUAUAAACUUCCUGCACGCAGACUGCGAGAAGUUCCGUCAUCCUCUGCUCCAUAUCCAGAAAACUCCUGCCGAUUGUCCCGUCAUUGCAAUCGACUCAUUCAGACACAUGUAUGUCUAUCCCGACUUUAAAGACCUCAAUAUCCCUGGCAAGCUGAGACAGUUUGUGCUGGACCUUCACUCUGGGAAGCUCCACCGAGAGUUUCACCAUGGCCCUGACCCCACGGACAGUACGCCCGGACAGGAGGAGACGGGAGGGGAAUUGGCCAGCAGCCCUCCAGAGAGCUCGUUCCAGAAGCUGGCGCCCAGUGAGACUCGCUACACCAUCCUCAGUCGGGACCGUGACGAGCUGUGACCUCAACAGCCUUCCAGUGAGCCUGUGACUCAAUGCCAUGCCCCAGGGUCAGGGAGGGAGGGAGGGGGGUUAGGGUUGGGAAAGGCAGCGGGACACAACAACAACACCCAACACCCUCACUGAAGGGAGAGAUCUACGGAAGAGGAGGAGAAUUAAGGGGGGAGAAGAAGGAGAAAAAGAAGAACGGGAGUUCAGUCCACGACACAACCACGUUGGAAUAACCUAUAUUUUCAUAACUCUUUCACGUACAGUUUUUAUUUUGGAUCAAAAGGAGGGGGGUAAAGAAGGAAUCGUGUGUGGGUUAGGGGCAUUAGGGCAUCAAAAGAAGUGUUUUUACUUUUAUUUUUUGGAGCUUGUAAAUAUGUUUAUGCUACAUGGGAGUCUCAUUGCUGGUCUAAAUUAAAUGCAGUUUUCUUUAUUUUAUUCCUUUCUUUUACAUCACCCCGCUUUUUGUAAAGAAAAAUAACAGCUGUUCCCUCACUCCAGUUGUACGGUUCUUAUCUGUGGCUAGUCAAAUUUAGCCUGUCCAAUAGGAGACUUUUGUUGAGUGUCCAUGACUGCAUGGUCGCAUCUCAACAUGACCAACUCUAGUUUAAUUCAUUUGUAAAUUUGUAAGUUAUCACAAUACAACCGUUUGAAGUAGCUUUAUCUCCACAUCUUCUGCACACACACAUUCUGAAAGAAGAGAAAAAAUACAAUUUGAAAUACAUGGUAGCAGUCAUCAUUUUAAACCAUGACUUGACACAGAAGAUUAAGAGUCUACUCCACCCUAUGAGAUGCACCCCUUCUCUCCCUGGUACUAAAUGGUUAUUGAUAAUAGUGUAUCUUACAGUGCUUAUAAAAAGUAUUGCUCCCUCGGAUUUUAUACACUGUUUAACAACAAUGGAUGUAAUUAGGAUUUUAUUUUUCACCCUGAUCAAGAGAAAAUACUGUAAUGUCAAAGCGGAUGAGCCUUAUGGCCACGAUACUAAAUUGUGUUUAGUAAAGCAAAACAAAAAAGAUCAUGACCCAAACAGGAAGCCCGGCGGGCUCCUUGGUAGCUGGGCGGCUUCCUGGUGCAAACGUACAGCUGUAGAUAAAUGUCUACUAUCUCUAACCUUAAGCUAAAACUACACCGGAUUUCGAAGGAUAAUGUGAAAAAAAAAUUCACGUCCAGAUGUGUAGAACUGUUACAGGCCUAUUGAUAAGGCUGUAACUGUUGCCAAAGGUGCCUCUUGUAAUUAUUGUCUUGAAGGACUUGAAAAAUUGUGCAAUUCAUCCAAGAAAUCGGAGUAUCUUAUUUUUCUGCAGUGGCUCAAAUGCUCAUGAUCGCCACCACUGUAAAAUCUCAAAAGUCAAAGGGGGCUGGAUACAUUUGUGCUCCCAGGGAUCUAAUCGAGAAACACAUUUGUUUUGCAAUGAUGUACUUUCAAAUGAUCCCAAAUUCAUGACAUGGCUGUUUUUUCUGUUAUCUGUUGUCAAAUGUGUCAUCAUGCUGGGGGAGAAAAUACUUUAGUGCUUUCACAAGACAAGAGGGGGAGGGGGGAGACUGUGAUGAAUGGUGAAAAUAUACAGUCGGCCACUUUAUACAACUUCUCUUAAAACUGGUUUUGUCUCUUUAUAUGUGUUUGAGCUUUUGGUACAAGUCCUGUUCUCUGAGAUCCUCUGAGUGUGAAUGAAUCCAGAAGCAGAAGCCCGAACCAUUGCUAAGUUUGUACUGUGCCCCUCCAUAGAGGCCGACCAAUGCCUGCAUAGUGACAUAUCAGCCCACAUACAGAGGAGCAACAGGGCCUGAAGAAGAGUAAAAAAAAUAAAUUAAAGGGUAAAUUAAAAAAAAACAUU